CAGCAACCUCUCUCAUUUGAGACUUUUGCCUAUAAAUUGAGUUCCAAGUCUUCUCUUUGGACUCACAACGCUUGAUCAGACUUAACCAUAGCAAAGCGGGUUCAAUCUGUUCAAGCACCAACUUCUCUUUCUUUCACCAACUACCUUUUUCUUUAAGGUCUUAAUUAAAGAUGGCAACAGAAACUUUCCUAUACACAUCUGAAUCUGUGAACGAGGGACACCCCGACAAGCUUUGCGACCAGAUCUCUGAUGCCGUUCUAGAUGCUUGCCUCGAGCAAGAUCCAGACAGCAAAGUUGCAUGUGAAACUUGCACAAAGACCAACAUGGUUAUGGUCUUUGGUGAGAUCACAACAAAAGCAAAUGUUGACUACGAAAAGAUUGUCCGUAAAACAUGCAGGAACAUAGGUUUUGUUUCAGAUGAUGUUGGUCUUGAUGCUGACAACUGCAAAGUCCUUGUCAACAUUGAACAACAGAGUCCUGAUAUUGCUCAAGGUGUUCAUGGCCAUCUUACAAAAAGACCUGAGGAAAUUGGUGCUGGUGAUCAAGGUCACAUGUUCGGGUAUGCUACCGAUGAAACACCCGAGCUUAUGCCUUUAACCCAUGUUCUUGCAACCAAGUUAGGAGCUAAGCUCACUGAAGUUCGCAAGAACGGAACAUGCCCUUGGUUGAGACCUGAUGGAAAGACCCAAGUCACUAUUGAGUAUUUCAAUGACAAGGGCGCCAUGGUUCCGAUCCGUGUCCAUACUGUCCUUAUCUCAACACAGCACGAUGAAACUGUCACCAAUGACGAAAUUGCAGCUGAUUUGAAGGAACAUGUGAUCAAGCCCGUGAUCCCAGAGAAGUACCUUGAUGAGAAAACCAUCUUCCACUUGAACCCUUCAGGCCGUUUCGUCAUCGGUGGUCCUCACGGUGACGCUGGUCUAACCGGCCGCAAGAUCAUCAUCGAUACUUAUGGUGGUUGGGGUGCACACGGUGGUGGUGCUUUCUCCGGUAAAGAUCCAACAAAAGUCGACAGGAGUGGAGCUUACAUUGUGAGACAAGCUGCAAAGAGUAUUGUUGCUAACGGACUUGCUAGAAGGUGCAUUGUGCAAGUUUCCUAUGCUAUCGGUGUUCCAGAGCCAUUGUCUGUGUUUGUUGAUUCUUACGGUACCGGAAAGAUCCCUGAUAAGGAAAUCCUUAACAUUGUGAAGGAAACCUUUGACUUCAGGCCAGGAAUGAUCUCUAUUAACCUUGAUCUUAAGAGGGGUGGAAAUAACAGGUUUUUGAAGACUGCUGCUUAUGGACAUUUUGGUAGAGAUGAUGCUGAUUUCACAUGGGAGGUUGUGAAGCCACUCAAGGGUGGAAAGUUAGCCACUGCUUAAGUGAAGUAAUGGAGUUUUGGAUGGUGCUUACAAAUCUUGAUUGUACCAAAAGCAUGUUAUAAUUUUUCUUGUGUUCCCCUUCCCCCUGUUUUCAUUUAUUAUAUGUAUUUUUUUCUUCUGAUUUGUGUACUUUGUAUGUGUUCGUUUAGAACAUAUAUAUAUUUUACAUGAUCAACCGACAAAAUGUUGUGUCAAGAUUUAUCCCAUAUAAUGUAAUAAUACCAAAUUAAAGUGAGCUUACAAUUAGUUGGUUACUA